UGAUCACUUCCAAGUAGUUCCCACAUACCAUACAUACACUGCAACUUACCUACACCACGAGACCUACUUGAAACUAGACCACCCACCCCGAAACCAAUUCAUCAAACAAACCAAAUCACCUCCCCCCCAGAGGGUACACCCCCAAAACAAGAUGCUCAUCAUCGGCCUCACCGGCUCCAUCGCCACCGGCAAAUCCACCGUCUCCUCCCUCCUCUCCUCCCCGCCCUACUCCCUCCCCAUCAUCGACACCGACCUCCUGGCGCGAAAGGUCGUCGAGCCCGGCACGCCCGGCUACCGCCAAAUCGUCAACUACUUCGGUCCCACCACUCCGGACCUGCUGCUUCCCGCGCAACCGGAGUCCCCAACCGACACAGCAACCCCCACCACAGCCACAGCUACAGCUACAGCUACAGCUACAGCUACUCCCACCGAAGAAAGACCCCUCAACCGCCUCGCCCUCGGCCGCCGGGUCUUCGGCCCCUCGGAGGACCGCAAGCGCGACCGCAUGAUCCUCAACAAGAUCGUCCACCCGCUCGUGCGCCGCGAAGUCUACAAAGCCCUGAUCCGGUGCUACCUCCAGGGCCACUGGGCCGUCGUCCUCGACGUCCCGCUGCUCUUCGAGAGCGGCAUGGAUUUGAUCUGCGGGACGGUCGUGGUCGUCGGCGUGCGGGAUCCCGCGGUGCAGAUGGCGCGGCUGCGCGCCCGGGACGCGCAUCUGUCGGCGGAGGAGGCGGAGAACCGCGUGAAGAGUCAGGGCGAUGUGCUGGGGAAGGCGGAACGCGCCGAGUAUCGGGGCAGGACGAGGGGGUUGGUGGUUUGGAAUGAUGGCGAUAAGAAGGCGCUGGAGGGGGAGGUAGCGCGCGCGUUGCAAAUGGUGAGGGCGUCGAGUCCCCGCUGGUGGGCUUGGGUGCUGUUGGUGCUGCCGCCGGUUGGGGUAGUGGUUGCGGUGUGGAAUCUCGGGGUGAAUUUCUGGGGGAGGAGGGGGUGGGAGAGGAGGGCGAGGGAGAGGGAGGUGGAGAGGGUGAGGGCGAAGAUUUGA